AUGAGGACUCUGCGAGCCGAGUUUCUGCAAGUAGUGGCCACCUUCCGGCAAGGCAUCUGUAUACCUCCAGAGCUCAACGAAAAUAAAAAGCAACGACUCAACAACGAAGAGAUCCAGGGACACAAAGUGUUCCUGGAAUAUAUGAAGUACCAUAUUCGCGACCCAGAGGCCCAGCUUAACCAACGGGAGGCGGGAGUGUCGCCGCCAGCGAACACUCCCAAGCCUGGGAGGAGCAAAAAUAUGGUAUAG